GCACCCCGCUGCAGCCCGGGCGGGAGCUGCGCGGAGGAAGGGCGCGAGCGCGGGAGUUAGUGCCUGCGGCCGAGCCAUGGUGGGACACCUGAGCGAAGGGGCCAUUGCGGCCAUAAUGCAACAGGGAGAUACAUCCAUAAAACCUAUCCUCCAAGUCAUUAACAUUCGCCCCAUUACUACAGGGAAUAGUCCACCGCGUUAUCGACUGCUUAUGAGUGAUGGAUUGAAUACACUGUCCUCUUUCAUGUUGGCAACACAGUUGAACCCUCUUGUGGAGGGAGAACAAUUGGCCAGCAACUGUGUUUGUCAGAUCAAUCGGUUUAUUGUUAACACUCUGAAAGAUGGAAGGAGAGUAGUUAUUUUGAUGGACUUAGAAGUUUUGAAAUCAGCUGAAGCGGUUGGAGUAAGGAUUGGAAAUCCAGUACCCUAUAAUGAAGGACAUGGGCAGCCGCAAACAGUUCCUUCCCCAGGCCCAGCAGCUGCUCCACAGGCCAGCAAGCCCCAGCCACAGAAUGGAAGCUUGGGAAUGGGUUCUUCUGUAGCUAAAGCUUAUGGUGCCUCAAAGACCUUUGGAAAGCCUGGUGGAACUGGCCUGUUGCACCCUUCUGGUGGCACACAGACUAAAGUGGUACCGAUCGCCAGCCUCACCCCUUACCAGUCCAAGUGGACUAUUUGUGCUCGUGUCACCAACAAAAGUCAGAUCCGUACCUGGAGCAAUUCCCGAGGGGAAGGGAAGCUUUUCUCUUUGGAACUUGUGGACGAAAGUGGUGAAAUCAGAGCGACUGCUUUCAAUGAGCAAGUGGACAAGUUCUUCCCCCUUAUCGAAGUGAACAAGGUAUAUUAUUUCUCAAAAGGCUCCCUGAAGAUUGCUAACAAACAAUUCUCAGCUGUUAAAAAUGACUAUGAGAUGACCUUCAAUAAUGAGACUUCUGUCAUGCCCUGUGAAGAUGAUCAUCAUUUACCUACAGUUCAGUUUGAUUUUGUAGGGAUUGGUGACCUAGAGAACAAGUCUAAAGACUCCCUUGUAGACAUCAUUGGGAUCUGCAAGAGCUACGAAGAUGCCACUAAAAUCACAGUGAAGUCCAACAACAGAGAGGUCGCUAAAAGAAACAUCUAUUUGAUGGACAUGUCGGGGAAAAUGGUGACUGCCACUCUGUGGGGAGAAGACGCUGACAAGUUUGAUGGUUCUAGACAGCCUGUGAUGGCCAUCAAAGGAGCCAGAGUUUCUGAUUUUGGUGGAAGGAGCCUCUCUGUUCUCUCAUCCAGCACUAUCAUUAUGAAUCCUGACAUUCCCGAGGCCUAUAAACUUCGUGGAUGGUUCGACUCAGAAGGACAAGCCUUAGAUGGUGUUUCCAUCUCUGAUCUUAAGAGUGGAGGAACAGGAGGGAGCAAUACCAACUGGAAAACUCUGUAUGAGGUUAAAUCAGAGAACCUGGGCCAAGGUGACAAGGCAGACUAUUUUAGCUCAGUGGCAACUGUGGUGUAUCUUCGAAAAGACAACUGUAUGUACCAGGCCUGCCCAACUCAGGACUGCAAUAAGAAAGUGAUUGACCAGCAGAAUGGGUUAUACCGCUGUGAGAAGUGUGACCGGGAAUUUCCCAAUUUCAAAUAUCGCAUGAUUUUGUUAGCAAAUAUUGCAGAUUUUCAAGAGAAUCAAUGGGUGACUUGUUUCCAAGAGUCUGCAGAAGCUAUCCUUGGACAGAACACUGCUUAUCUCGGGGAAUUAAAAGAGAAGAACGAGCAGGCAUUUGAAGAAAUUUUUCAGAAUGCAAACUUUCGAUCCUUCACAUUCAAAAUCAGGGUCAAACUGGAAAACUACAAUGAUGAGUCUCGAAUUAAGGCCACUGUGAUGGACGUGAAGCCUGUGGACUACAGGGACUAUGGCAGAAGGCUGAUCCAGAACAUCAGGAAGAAUGCGGCGAUGUGAGGAGGUGGUGCUGGCUGCCGUCAGAAAAUAAAGAGCUGAAAUGGGAUGGAUUUCUUCCCACCCGUGUGACACCUAAACGACCCAGUGCGGAGCCUCUCAGGGUGGACUGGCCCCUCUUGGGACCCAUUGGUGGGCAAAGGACGAUGUGAUCAGAGGACAGUGGUAGAAACCACUAGACCCAGGAGUCAAUCUGGAGGGAGUAUGAUACCAAAUCCCUUACUAUCUUUUGUCAGAUUUUUUAUUAAGACUGUUAUCUUUAAGCAGGAAUUAUGUCACAAAUAAUUGACCCUAACUCUAGGUGAUGAGGUAAAUUAUGUAACCUGGGUUUUGCUUUUCCAUGGUAACAUUGUUACAACUUGGGUUCCUCCUGGGGGUGGGGAGGAGCGCAGGUGUUCAGGAGGAGUGUCCUCUGGGAUUCAAAGGCUUGCUCUUUCCAGAGGUGCCACUUGGUUGGUAAUGCUUGGAAUGGCAAUAGGGUAGAAUUAUUAAUCAAAGGCCUUUCUUUUCUAUCUGAAGACUGUUCUUCCUUCAGGGUUUAAUAGAUUUAAUAGACUGAGUCAGAUGGGUCUGAUAUUAAUCAAAAUUGUCUCUCUGAGGACGACUGAUAAGCAUUGACUUGCUGUCCCCUGGGGAUAUCCAGGCAACUACAAAGCAUCACUCGAGUUUUCUCUUCAAUUAAUGUUGAAUUUUGGUUGGCAAAUGUACACUUUUUGUACCUGUACAUAUUUCUUGAUUAAAGCUAUGUUAAGUAGGAAGGGUUUUGAAAGGAGCAGCCCUUUGUUCCCUUGCUUUGUCUUAAUAAACAUAUAUAUAUGUACAUA